UUCAAUUUUUCAAAACAAAGGGAACUUCCAAAAAUAUCAACCAGAAAAAAGAAAAUAUUAUUUUAUUUCCCGCAUUAGGAUUUAAUUCGUUUUGUAACUCGAAACUUAAGAUAUUUCGUAUAUCAAUGCCUUGUGAAAAAACAUUAUUCAAAAAUAUAUUCCAAUUUUUUAUUAUUAUUUUAUUAUUUUUUUUAUAAAUUGAUUCCACUUCUGCUGCUGUUCAUAUAACUACGGAACUGUAUUUGGAAAAAUUCAAACUCUUUUAUCAAUUCCGUCGAACAUAAAUUCAAUUUGUCGAUCCCUCCGUUUUGGGGGUUUUUUCUAUGGCGGCGGCGGCGGCAAAUUUCAUCAGUGGGCAAAGGGAUUUGCAGAUGUCGUCUCUGAGAAGGCUUUCCGGCAACGCCUCUACUUCAUCUGCCAUUGACGUAAGCAACGCAAGGUUAUUUAACAGCAGGUUCAGGCUCAAGGGUUGCUCCUCCGAAAAUCAUCGAAGUAAUUUGCGGAGUAAUAAUCAUUCGAAGAACGAAUUGCAGAGAGCGAGGGCGUGCGGCCCUUCCCCCUCGCAGCUACUGUGCGAUUCUAGGGAUUUCAAUGUUGAAGGUGCUGCUGAUAGAGGAAGUUGUAACGGAGUUCCCCACCGCCCCUUGACGGAGAAAAUCACUGUUGCAGUUGAUGUUGAUGAAGUUCUUGGGAAGUUUGUAUCGGCCGUCAAUCGGUUCAUCGCAGACCGCUACUCUUUAAAUCAUUCGAUUUCCGAGUACCAUGUCUAUGAAUUUUUCAAGGUACAACCUAUGAACCUAUUAGCCUUUACCAGAAUGAUAUUGUACACACAUUAGAAUACAUGAAUGCAU